AUGUCAGGGAUUCUAUUCAGAAUCUGAUCCAAGUGGUGGAGAGAAGACCUCACAAAUGAGAUUGGACGAUUCCAAUGGAUUGCCUAUGGCAUCAUCCAAUCCUAUUUGUGGUGGGAAAUUCCCCCACUUCUACUUUUCUGGAAGAAACUGGUAAAGCGGUCAGGAAGCUGGCUGGGAGCUCUGAUUGUAUAUGUACACAUCAUUUCAAACGAUUCCUUUGCUAGUCGUCAGCAGUCGUCAGUACUGCGCGCGAAAAAAGAAAUUUGUUUACAUGGUUUUACAAUCUAUUAAAUAGAGGAUAAGUGUCGGCUUUAUGUUUUGUGAUAUUUAUAAAUAAUGUUUGUGUAAUUCAAAUUCAUAUUGUAAUGUACUGAUACUAUCAUAUGAUCUAAAUAGAUAACCAAUAAUAGUAAAACAUUUUUUAUAUAAUGUUGUUUUAACUUCUGUCAACGUAAGACAAAUUCAAAAUGAAAUUAUACUGCAACAUAGAAGUUAAUAAUAGAGUUUCGUCUACAAAUAUAAUACGACGAAAAUCACAGCGUUCAAUUUUAGCAAUUGGAAGGCACACAGUAAAAGGCAAUGAUUUGUACUUUCUUUGGCAAACAUUACAAAAUAAACAGGGUAUUAAAUAUAAGAUUGAUAAUAACAUAGAUAAAAUUUUUAGCAAAUUUAUUAAUCAAGGAAAGGCAACAAUACGUCUUAUAGAACCACCACAUGAUUUAAUUAUUCAAGCUGAUACGAUUCAACUGAAAAGUUUUAUGCGUAUAUUAAAGCUAGGAAUGUCUAAACAAAUGGAUGCGUCAGUUCUAGCUAUUUCAAAUUUGAACCCAGUACGUAUGGCUUCUGUUCCAAAAAUUAAAGUUGUGGUUAAUAAAUCUUCUGAGUACCCAAUUUUGGAGGGUUUCCCAAGAACUACUGAAGAAUUGUACUUAGUUGGGUUAGACAGAAAAUCUUUUGAUAGACAAAUUUUAAGGCUUCAAAGCUUGAGAAUAUUAAACUUAUCCAACAAUAGGAUUUCAUCUUUGCCUAAAGAAUUAGGUUCAUUACAACAUUUACAAGAACUUAAUCUAUCACAAAAUUGCCUUGAUAAAGCUGUGAAAUGGGUAUGGCUAGAUCAACCUGCUAUAAAGAAUAAUUUAAAAUUAUUGGACAUAAGCGAUAAUAUGUUAACUAUGAUACCAAAAGAGAUUGGAAAGCUUCAUGCUAUUGUUAAUUUCAAAGCUAGUAAAAAUGUAUUAUCAUAUUUACCACAAAGUCUGGGAUCAUUACCAAAUUUGAAAUAUUUAGAUGUAUCAAAGAAUAAAUUAAAAUAUUUGCCAGGAAGUAUGAGAAACUUGCGAUUAAUUUUGUUAGAUGUGUGUGAAAAUAAAUUUGAUGGUGAAAAUGUGAAUUUUGUAACUGACAUAGAUGUACUCAAAUUAGUUGAGUGCGCUGGCAAAUCAAUUCUUAAAGCAAGGCUUUCAUAUGAUGCCAGUACAAUUCCACUAACAUUAGUAAAAUAUUUGGAUGCAGCAAAGUAUUGUGUCUGUGGCAAUCCUUGUUUUGAUUCUUACAGAAGAAAAUUUGUAGAAUUCCUUUUGACUACAAUAGCAAAUAGUGUAAAAUCAUCAGGACAUAUUACAGUACCAUUUGAUUGUUAUUUUUGUUCAAGUAAUUGUGUACGUAUUUUUGCAAGAGUGAAGUAUUAAGAUAGUUAAAUUUUUACUUUUAUAUAAGAGACUGUAAUUUAUUUUUUAUUACAAA